AUGAUCGGUCAAAAGGACAAUAAGCUCAACAUCGAGACUGCGGCGGCUUCCCAGAGGAUCGCAGAAAUUGGCCUACUUCACAGUAACGCCAUGAAGGACAUAGCAGAAGAUUCCAGGAAUGCUGCCGUCCUCACCCGCAAAGACAGCACCGACAUGCGGAUCAUCGCAGUGGUCACGCUUCUGUUUCUUCCAGGCACUUUUAUGGCAACGUUAUUCAGUUCUGGCUUCUUCAACUUCUUGCCAGGAAAGUCUGAUCAAGUCGUUUCGAAGUGGAUAUGGCUUUACUUCGCCUUGACUGGAGGGUCGACCUUUGUUGUCUUUCUCGCUUGGUAUCUGUCGGCGAAGAAGCAGAACAAGGAGAUGCUGAGAGUGGUGAACGGAGAAAAACGUUCCUCUAUGCCGGCAAAUGUACAACUUGAACCCGAGCACGGUGCGGUGACCACACCACCGGGUAUUCCAUCGCUGUGGCUGGAGCGCUCUAAAUCAACUGGUGACAUAGAUCCAUUCACCUCUUUUGGGAACUCGACGGACACUGCCAGAUGA